AACAAAAGAUGAUGUUGAUACGAUCUUGUCGAUCAAUAUCACAAAGAUCGCCUUUACUUCCCUCCCUCAAAAGGUACAUAUCCACUGUCACUCAAUAUUCUUCUUCUCCCAGCGCUACCAGAGAAGUACCAACUCCACUCGUUCUACUUUCGGUACCAAAAUGGGAAAGUGGACAAGAAGGUAAAACGACAUUCAAAGCAUUCAUAAACCAUUUCACAAAGCAAGGAUGGAAUGUUAGCUGUAUAGAUUUGGAUCCGGUCGUAAAAGAAGAUAGCAAAGUGCAAGAAAGUUCAGAAAUAUUGACCGGAUUAGAAUCCGAAUUAUCACAACAGAUGCGAAUAAUUUCACGAGGAUCAGGUCCUUUUCCACCAAUGUUGGUCAGCUAUGGACUUUCAACCUUGGUGGCCGAACAAUACGUUUCUUCGCAUCCGCUUUCCGCUCUGGCUUUGCUCAAUCCACCAAUUUCACCUUCUCACGCUCACAAAAGUCAUCCAGACAUCUUUCCAAACGAUCUGGCGCAAUUCACUUAUGAACCAACAUUUCCAAUCUUGAUCGCAAGAACGACAACAAAUGUAAAAGAGAUUUCUUAUUGGGAUAUGCAUCGGAUUGAAGAAAUGCAAGAAGAAGAAGCUGAUGAAGCUUUGGAUAGACGGAUAUGGGAAUUGAACGACGAAGGAGAAGGAGAGAAAGCAGGGCCGUAUCAAUUACGUUUAUGGGCCGAAGAGAAUGGCAUCAAAGCAUAUAGUACAGCUCAAGCUGAUCUGCUCAUUCUGUCUUUCAGAAUGCCGCCUCAGCUGCCAGAAUGGUUCACAAAAGGCAAAUAUGUACGAAACGAUCGAUCAAACAAAAGAGAGCCACUCAUUCUAGACGAUUCACAUCUAGAAGAAUCUUUCAUUCGUGGUUCAGGACCGGGAGGUCAAGCGAUCAACAAGCUGAGCACUUGCGUACGAUUGAAACAUGUUCCAACCGAAACGAUUGUGAAAUGUCAAGAUACGCGAAGCAGGGAACAAAAUCGAGAUAUGGCUAGAAGAAAGAUGGGACAACUGCUUGAAAGGGUGGUAUUUGGAGAGAGGGAUAGUGUUUUAGGUCGAGAAGCACUUAGAGCUAAAAAUCAAAAGAGAGUCAAAGAACGAAAGAGGAAGAAAAAGACAGCCGCAAGGAAAGAGAAAAAGGAACGAAAGAGAAUUGAAAAGAUUGGAGUGGUGCACACAUUGAUACUUUGA